AUGAGAAGCGUCGCACCCAUAAACCCUCAAAAGAAAGAAGGUGAUCCGAAUUGCGUCAAAGAAUCAGAUUACUAUGAAGGUGAACGUCUAAUUCAUCUUCUCGGGUUGAUUCAGAGAGGAAUUGAGACAUCGAAGCUUUUGAAUGUGAACUCAUUACCUGAGAAGAUAUGGCUCAAGCAACAAAUUGCGAUUGGGAUCAACGAAGUUACUCGUGUUCUUGAGAGGAUGAAAGCAAACACUCGUGACCAACAACAACAAAACCCUAGACAACCUCCGGUUCAACUUCAGGUAGUGAUUGUAGUAGCGGAUUGUAAACCGAGGAUGUUAACUAAGCAUAUACCGAACUUAGCUGCUUCGAGGAAUGUUCCGGUUCUCUAUAUCAGAGACAACAGAAGAGCUUCUCUCAGAUUAGGAGAGUUGGUUAAGCUCAAGACGGCUCUAGCCAUUGGCGUCAAGGCGAGAGGAAACGAUCUCAACCAACUACUCCAACAAGAAAUCGUUCCAAGAGAUUCUUGA